CCGCAGUAUACGGAAGUACUCGUAGGUGUUUUGGACAGUAUUUUCAUACUUUGUGUUCCGUGUUUUGAAGACCAGUAAUAACAGCCCAUCAUGCUGACACGCAGGUUGGACGUCCCUGCACGUGCGCCAUGAGCCUGUGCAAAACAUCCCAGUCAAAACCAUGCAUAAAAAUGUGAACUCUAGUUGUGAUUCUGGUAUCCAGCGUCAGUGCAAAAAAGCCAAGAAAUAUGACGGAUCAGAACUAAGCACACAAGGUCAGAAAGUAGAUGUGAAGGACCAGGCAGUUGAAAAGAAGACUUACCCUCUUGGACCUGACAGAAGCACCGAGCUCACCCCCACUAUGCAUGGAUGUGAUCCAGAGGGAAGAUCUACUCAUGACAGUCAUCCAUCCCACCAACAUCUGAUGGGCUCAUCGGUUGAUGAAGAUGAUAAAAGUGAUUUUGACCUGUACAGAGCAGAAGAGGAAAUAGAAAAGGAACUGCGGCAGAAGUAUCAGUCAAAGCCAGAGCCUGCUGGUGAAAGUCAAAGCAGUGUGUCGGCUCCUGAGGACAUUCAGACCUACAGUGAGAGAGAGUGGAAAGGCAACACUUCCAAAAGUCGUCUUAUCCGAAAGGGAUAUGACACUAUUGCCAACAAAUACACCCUACGCAUAGUAAGAGGUGAUAACUACUGUGCUUUGAGGGCGACACUCUUCCAGGUGCUCAGCCUGUCCAAGCAACUUCCUGCCUGGUUAGGAGAAUCUGACAUCACUGAGUGGCCAAAACGAGUGAAUUCUGAUGGGGAUUUAAUAAAGGAAUGGCGAUUUCCAUUAGAAAGCAGGAAGAGCAAAGUCGAGAUGUUGGAACAAUGUUUGAACCGUCUACGGAAAAGGUGGCAUGAGGCUGUCGAGUGUAAAAGUCUCCAGGAGAGGGAACGCAUGUGCCAGCAGGUGUUCGUCGGUCAGGAGGAGGAGUAUGAGCUUCUGGAAGCUCUGAAGUUCUUGAUGCUGAGGACUGCCAUUCAGCUGCACGCAGUUAUGACAAAGGGCUCUGAUGUACCAGAGUUCUGCUGGCUUCUUUUUGCUCGUGACUCUUCCAAAUGCCCCAAAUCUCUCCUCACUAACCACCUCAGACACGUAGGCUUCAAUGGCGGGCUGGAACAGGUGGAGAUGUGCCUCUUGGGUCAUUCCUUACAACAGACGAUCCAGGUCUAUCGGCUCUACAAAUCCGACACAGAGGAGUUCAUCACGUACUACCCCAAUGACCACCAAGAGGACUGGCCUUCUCUGUGCUUGCUUACGGAGGAUGACAGACACUAUAAUGCACUUGUACCAAAAAGAUCCACCAACUUUGAUGAAUGUGGUUGGCCAAUAUGGAGGCAACCUUCAGAUGGACAAUCACACGUAACUACACGUUUGUAAAGUCAAUGGCAGCCCUUCACGGUUUCCACAACUCAGGAGUUACAAUCCACUAUGUUUUUUAGGUCUACUGGAUUUCACUUGUUUUAGAUUUAAAGAUUUAUUUAUGAAUAUUAUACAGUUCUGUGCAGCUCUGUGGUUGUUUUACAAAACAUUUCUGUGCAACCGUUUUCCUGCUGCACCUCCAGCUGGUAUGGGAGAAAGAAUGACAAACUUAAUAAAUGCUUUGCAUAUUGUACAGUAAUUCAAUUAAAUGGUGAAUGUAGACUUUUUUUAAAGCUCUUUAUGUCUUCAC